AGAGGGCGCAGGAGGUCCUGCCACACGGGCGUGGGAAGGUUCAAUGGCGUGGCGGGGGCUGGCGGCCGAGUUUCUGCAGGUGCCGGCGGUGACGCGGGCCUACACCGCGGCCUGCGUCCUCACCACCGCCGCCGUGCUGGAGCUCCUCAGCCCUUUCCAGCUCUACUUCAACCCGCACCUCGUGCUCCGGAAGUUCCAGGUCUGGAGGCUCGUCACCAACUUCCUCUUCUUCGGGCCCCUGGGAUUCAGCUUCUUCUUCAACAUGCUCUUCGUGUUCCGCUACUGCCGCAUGCUGGAGGAGGGGUUCUUCCGCGGCCGCAAGGCCGACUUCGUCUUCAUGUUUCUCUUCGGGGGCGUCCUCAUGACCCUGCUGGGGCUGCUGGGCAGCCUGUUCUUCCUGGGCCAGGCCCUCACAGCCAUGCUGGUGUACGUCUGGAGCCGCCGCAGCCCUCGAGUGAGGGUCAACUUCUUCGGCCUCCUCACCUUCCAGGCACCGUUCCUGCCCUGGGCGCUCGUGGGCUUCUCCCUGCUGCUGGGCAACUCCAUCCUCGUGGACCUGCUGGGUGAGCCUGCCCGUCCAUCCAGCCCACCCCAAGCUGGCUGGCUGUCACCUGAGGGUCUGUGGGGGGCCACCCCAGGCUGGCUGCUCCGCCACAGCCCUGCCUCCCGCCCGCACUGGACCUCUCAUCUGUCCCCCUCCCCUCCUGCCCUCCCAGCGUCUCUCUUCUUACAGCCCCUUGAACAAGCCAGCCAGCCUGUAGGCUUCACAUCUUCAGGCCUGACCUGCUGGGAUUGCCGUGGGCCACAUCUACUACUUCCUGGAGGAUGUCUUCCCCAACCAGCCUGGAGGCAAGAGGCUGCUGCUGACCCCCAGGUUCCUCUCAGCGUGGGCCCCUCCCCACAGGAAGCUGCUACUGGACGCCCCAGAGGAGGACCCCAAUUACUUGCCCCUCCCCGAGGAGCAGCCGGGACCCCUGCAGCAGUGACCCCAUCCAGGGCAGGGCCAGCCCCAGGAGCCCGUGUCCCGGCCUCUGGCCGGCCUCCAUCCCACCUCUCACCCCUGCUUGCAGCAGAGCAGUCUGUUCUGGAGGCUGGGCCUGUGCCCAGGGCCCACCCGAAUAAACAGAAUGACCUGCAGUCUCUUCGCCCACAGCACUGCUCCCCUGCCUCGGCCGGCCACCCCCUUCCAUGCUGGGCAGGGGCUGCUGGCCUUGACCCAGGGCCACCAAGCCUGGUUCUGCCCUGCCCACCCUCUGCCCUUGGGGUGGGGCUGGCCCAGGGCACAGCUCUACUCCCGCCAAGCCUGGCCUACCAUCUCAGACCAAUUGUAAGUGGAAGGAUGGGAGGCCCAGAGAGGGUGACGAACCUGCCCACGGUUGCCCAGCAGAGCUUUGAGCUCACAGAUGGCACACGGGGAGUUCUCAUCUCAGCCCUGCUGGUGCCUUGAUGGGCCUUGGGCAAACUCACCUGUGCUGGGCCUCUGCUCCCUGCCAGUCAGCGAGGGGCUGACCAGAUCUCAGUGGCGGGGGCUGGGAC